UCUCACCCGUUCUCCUCUACACAUGUGGGAUGUUUCAGGACUCAGUGGCCUUUGAGGAUGUGGCUGUGAACUUCACCCUGGAGGAGUGGGCUUUGCUGGAUCCUUCUCAGAAGAAUCUCUACAGAGAUGUGAUGCAGGAAACCUUCAGGAACCUGGCCUCUGUAGGAAAAAAAUGGAAAGACCAGAACAUCGAAGAUCAGUACAAAAACCCCAGGAGAAAUCUAAGAAGUCUUCUGGGAGAGAGACUCUUUGAAAGUAAAGAAGGUAGUCAGUUUGGAGAAACCUUCAGCCUGGUGCCAGAUCACAUGCUGAUUAAGAAAACUCCUCGUGGCAUAAAACCAUGUGAAAGCAGUGUGUGUGCAGACAUAUCCAUUGGUCAUUCAUCCCCUAAUAGGCACAUCAAAGCUGAUACUGGACCCAAACCACAUAAGUAUCAGGAAUAUGGUGAGAUGCCAUAUACACAUAAGCAACGUGGGAAAGCCUUCAGGUCACACCACCCCUUUCAAACACAUCAAAAGCCUACUAUAGAAAAGAAACCUUAUGAAUGUAAGGAAUGUGGGAAAACCUUCAUUUCUCUCUCAGGCAUUCGAAGACACAUGGUAAUACACAAUGGAGAUGGACGUUAUAAAUGUAAGUUUUGUGGGAAAGCCUUGGGCUGUCUCAGUUUAUAUAUUAAACAUGAAAGAACUCACACUGGAGAGAAACCGUAUAAAUGUAAACAAUGUGGUAAAGCCUUCAGUUGGUCCAGUUCAGUUCGAAUACAUGAAAGAACUCACACUGGAGAGAAGCCUUAUGAAUGUAAAGAAUGUGGGAAAGCAUUCAAGUUUUCAAAUUCCUUUCGUAGACAUGAAAGGACUCACAUGGGAGAGAAGCCUUAUGAAUGUAAAGAAUGUGGGAAAUCAUUCAACUGUCUCAGUUCCUUUCGUAGACAUGGAAGGACCCACACUGGAGAGAAACCCUAUGAAUGUAAGCAAUGUGGGAAAGCAUUAUCUCGUCUUAUAAGCUUUCAAAGACACAUGAGAAUGCACACUGGAGACAGACCUCACAAAUGUAAAAUAUGUGGGAAAGCCUUUUAUUCUUCCAGAUCAUUUCAAAACCAUGAAAGAACUCACACUGGAGAGAAACCCUAUAAAUGUAAGCAAUGCAGUAAAGCAUUCAGUUGGGCCACUUCCUUGCGAUAUCAUAAAAAGACUCACACUGGAGAGAAGCCCUAUGAAUGUAGGGAAUGUGGGAAAGCUUUCAUUUCUUCCACUUCCUUGCUGUAUCAUAAAAGGACUCACACUGGAGAGAAGCCCUAUGAAUGUCAGCAGUGUGGGAAAGCCUUCAGGUCUGCCAGGUACAUUCGAAUACAUGGAAGGACUCACCCUAUGAAUGUAAGCACUGUGGGAAAGCCUUCACUUGUUCCAGUACCUGUCGAAAACAUGAAAAAGCUCAUGCUUUUAUAUCGUAAACAUGAAAGAAUUCACACUGGAGAGAAACCAUAUAAAUGUAAAGAAUGUGGUAAAGCUUUUCAAUGCACACUGGAGACAGACCUCACGAAUGUAAGAUAUGUGGGAAAGCCUUUUAUUCUCCUGGUUCACUUCAGAGACAUGAAAGAAGUCACACUGGAGAGAAGCCCCAUGAAUGUAAGCAAUGCGGUAAAACUUUCAGUUCUUCCACUUCCUUGCGAUAUCACGGAAGGAUUCACACUGGAGAGAAACCCUACGAAUGUAAGCACUGUGGGAAAGCCUUCAGGUGUAUCAAGACCAUUCGAAUACACGAAAGGAUUCGCACUGGAGAGAAGCCUUAUGAAUGUACACAGUGUGGGAAGUUAUUCCAUUGUGUCUGCUCCUUUCGUAGACAUGAAAGGACUCACACUGGAGAGAAACCGUAUGAAUGUAAGGAAUGUGGGAAAGCCUUCAUUCGUUCCAGUACCUGUCGAAAACAUGAAAGAGCUCAUGCUGUUAAUACGUGAGAGAAAUCCUAUUAAUGACUCCGUGACCUUUGAGGAUGUGGCUGUGAACUUCACCCCCCAGGAGUGGGCUUUGCUGGAUCCUUCUCAGAAGAAUCUGUACAGAGAUGUGAUGCAGGAAACCUUGAGGAACCUGGCCUCUGACUCCGUGACCUUUGAGGAUGUGGCUGUGAACUUCACCCCCCAGGAGUGGGCUUUGCUGGAUCCUUCUCAGAAGAAUCUGUACAGAGAUGUGAUGCAGGAAACCUUGAGGAACCUGGCCUCUGUAGGAAAAAAGUGGAAAGACCAGAACAUGGAAGAUGAGUGUAAAACUCCCAGGAGAAAUCUAAGAAGUGUUGUCGGAGAGAGACUCUUUACAAGUAAAGAAGGUAGUCAGUGUGGAGAAACGUUGAAUCUGGAUUCACAUCACAUGCUGAAAAAGAAAACUCCUCCUGGAUUAAAACCAUGUGAAAGCAGUGUGAGCAAAAAAGUCUCCAUUGGUCAUUCAACUUUAAAUAAGGCUGUCAGAGCUGACACAGGACACAAGCCAUCUGAGUAUGAGGAACGUAGACAAAGGCCAUAUACACAUAAGCAGCAUGAGAAAGCCUUCAGUUACCGGGACUCCUCUGGAACACACGAAAGGUCUCCCACUGGAAAGAAGUUCUGUGAUUGUGAGGAAUGUGGAAAAACCUUCAGUUCUCUCACACGCUUUCAAAGACACAUGGUAACGCACAGUGGAGGUGGACCUCAUAAAUGUAUGCUUUGUGGAAAAGCGUUUGCUUAUCUCAGUUUAUAUCGUAAACAUGAAAGAAUUCACACUGGAGAGAAACCAUAUAAAUGUAAAGAAUGUGGUAAAGCUUUUCGUAGGUCCAGUUCUGUUCGAGUCCAUGAAAUAACUCACACAGGAGAGAAGCCAUAUGAGUGUAAGGAGUGUGGGAAAGGAUUCAUUUAUUUCAGUUCCUUUCAAGUACAUGAAAGGACGCACACUGGAGAAAAACCCUAUGAAUGUGAGCAAUGUGGGAAAGCAUUUGCUCAGCGGAAGAGCAUUCGAUGGCACAUGAGAAUGCACACUGGAGACAGACCUCACGAAUGUGACAACAGUAACCGUCAGUUCAACUACACCAAGGUUUCUGAAGACAAUGGCUUCUCCACCCAAGCAGGUCGUAAAUGA